AUGUCCGUUCAGUUUUUGUUCUGCGCCUUAUUGACUGUUGCGGCGGGAAAUGACCUAGUACCCGGAGAUGGUAUCUCCGAGGAUGUUCAAAGCUUCUCUGCUGCCGUCAAGUAUCCGUUUAUGGUAAGCUUGAAUUAUUACAAAACGGGAGGUCACUUUUGCUCUGGUUCCGUCCUGUCGUCGCGACACGUCUUUACCACCUGCCAGUGCGUCGUGCGCAUCUCCGGCGGGACGGCCCGGAUCUUGGAUACAGACAUGUUCUACCUGACGAUAAAAUCCGAUAGAGGGAAAGACGAUGUAAGGACGCCUGUCAAGGUGAUCGUCCACAGAGGCUGCAGAAAGCAAAUGUACGGCUGGGAGUUCGAUUUCGCAGUCGUCAGGAUCAACGCGCCGAUCAACGUCAGUUACUCGGUCCCUCCUGCCAUCCCGAACGACGAAAAAGAAAUGAACGAGUUUUACAAAGGGGCGAACGAGUGUAAACUCGUCGACUGGACGGUCAAUUUCGACAGCAUGGCCUACUUCACAGAUUACGCGCUACGUCUCAUGGGGAACGACGAGUGUGAAAAACAUCUGUGCUCCCGAUACAGUAUAAAAUGCAGGAUCAAAGAUUUCAGGGACAACUAUGUCUGCUUCGACGGAGAAAGGGUUUGUCCAGGGAACGGAGGAGGCCACCUCUUCUGCAGAAACAAGUUCGCCGGCAUCGUCAACUGGACUCCGAAUUGCAAUUCCGGAGAUCCUCUCGUUUUCUCAAAGCUCGCUAACAUUUUCUCCUUCUACAAGAGCUACAGAGAAGAACAGAUCAACGACUACAGGAACCUCCUAGGACAAGUUAUCAGGGCAUUCAUUUUCGUCUGCGUUUCUUUCUGCCUCUUCUGCGGUAUCAUCCUGAGGAAGCCACUCCAGCAGUCUCUGUGGAUAAAUGAUUUAAGAAGUCGCGUAUCCAUAUUCUUUGAUAAAUCUACGAUGGACUAA